UACAUACCCUGGUUUGCAGAAGCAGAAGUACCGAUUUAGCCUCACCCACCACUUCCCGCCUUAGCACUAUAGCAGCAGCAGCAGCUUCCAAAGCAAAGCGGGGAAUAUAUUGAUUAUCAGUACACCAAUUUGGGUUUAACGAACUAUAGAUCAAAAUGGGAGAUUCUAGGGUUUAUAGCGGUGCCGAUCGCGCAGGCAUCGUCUCUAAAAUCCGUUUGGAGAAUUUCAUGUGUCACAGUAAUCUCGAAAUUCAAUUGGGUGAUUUUAUCAAUUUCGUCACCGGACAGAAUGGGAGUGGGAAAAGUGCUAUACUUACUGCAUUAUGUGUUGCAUUUGGUUGUCGGGCGAGAGGAACACAGAGGGCCGCGAGUCUUAAGGAUUUUAUAAAGACCGGUUGUAGUUAUGCCUUGGUUCAGGUGGAAUUAAAAAACGAAGGGGAGGAUGCCUUUAAGCCAGAAACUUAUGGCGACAGCAUUGUUAUAGAGCGCAGGAUUUCUGAAUCAACAAGUUCAACUAUUCUAAAGGAUCACCAAGGAAAAAGGGUGGCCAGUCGAAAAGAAGACCUUGUGGAUAUCGUUGAACAUUUCAAUAUUGAUGUCGAGAAUCCGUGUGUGAUAAUGAGUCAAGAUAAAAGUAGAGAAUUUUUACAUUCUGGAAACGCGAAGGAUAAAUUUAAGUUUUUCUUCAAGGCAACAUUGCUACAUCAUGUGGCUGAUCUAUUAAAAAGUAUUGAAAAACAACUGAUUGGUGCACAAGAGCUAGUUGGAAAUUUGGAAAGUUCAAUCAGCCCCAUACUGAAGGAACUUAGUGAGUUGCAAGGAAAGAUUAAAAGCAUGGAACAAGUCGAAGAAAUUUCUCAAAGGGCACAGCUGUUAAAGAAGAAACUUGCCUGGGCCCAUGUAUAUGACAUUGAUGAUCAAAUCCAGCAACAAGAUGCAAGGAUUGAAAAACUUAAAGGUCGGAUACCUUAUUGUCAAGACCUAAUUGAACGACAAACUGUCAAGAUUGAGGGUUUGGAAGAUCGCUUGGCCAAAAAGAAAGCUCAAAUUGCUAUUCUGAUGGAAAGGACAUCAGAGGUCAGAAAGAUGAAGGAAGAAUUGCAACAAAAGCGAUCAGAGGCUACAAAAAAAAGGUCCGAGCUAGAAGAAGAUUGUAGCCGUAGAGUUAACGAGAUAAAAAGGAUGAUGAAGAAGGCACAAAUGCUUGAGCAACAAAUUCGUGAUAUAAAUGACCAGGAUGAUAAGAAUACACAGGCUGAAGAACAUGAGAUGGAGGAAACCCUAAGUGGGCUUAGGCAGGAGGUUGAAGAAGCUGUUAUGCAGUUUGAAAGAUGUAAAAAAGAUGAGGAGUCUUUAUCCAAUAGCAUAGCAGAUGCAGAUAAUGAUAUUCGGAAACUCCAGUCCGCGAUUGAUGAUUUAAUGAAGAAGGAUCAACAAAUCCGUUAUACCAUACGUGAUCUCCGUUCGCACCAAACAAACAAGGUAACGGCUUUUGGAGGUGAUAGAGUAACUAACCUUUUAAGGGCAAUAGAGAGACAUCACCACCGAUUUGGAAGGCCGCCAAUCGGUCCGAUAGGGGUCCACCUGAAAUUGGUGGGUGGUGAUAAGUGGGCUUAUGCCGUAGAAAAUGCAGUAGGAAGGUUGUUGAACGCUUUUAUCGUGAAUGAUCAUAAAGACAAUCUUGUUCUGAGAGCCUGUGCAAGGGAAGCCAAUUACAAUCACCUCCAGAUCAUUAUUUAUGAUUUCUCCAGACCAAGGCUGAAUAUUCCAGAUCACCUGCUUCCUCAGAUAAAUCAUCCUACUACAAUAUCUGUUUUACGUUCAGAGAAUGCUACUGUGAUGAAUGUCCUAAUUGAUGUGGGUCAUGCUGAAAGACAAGUUCUUGUUAGUGAUUACAGUGUGGGUAAAUCUGUUGCUUUCGACAGAAAUAUUCAGAAUUUGAAGGAGGUUUACACUUUAGAGGGCUAUAAAAUGUUCUCCCGUCGUUCAGCCCAGACUACUCUCCCACCAAAUAGGAAUGUACGAACAGGCCGCUUAUGUAGUUCUUUCGAUGAUCAGAUUAAAAAUCUUGAAAAUGAUGCGUCACAUAUACAAGAGGAAGUUCGACAAGCAAGGGAAAAGAGAAAGCGCUUGGAGGAUGGGCAUCAUAAUCUUCGAGAUGAAUUUCAACUUGCAAAGAGGCGGCGUACUGAUGUAGAAGGCAUCCUGAGGUCAAAGAAAUUUGCUUUGCAAGACACAGAGAAGUCAUAUGCAUUAGAAUCUAGUUCUCGACCAACAUCUAAUGUUGAUGAGCUUUAUCAGGAGUUAUCUCUUGCUAAAAAGGAGAUUCAAGAAAGAGAAAGUAAGUUGGAAGAGAUUCAAGUUAGUGCGGCUGAAGCAAAAAUCAAAGCCAGUGAACUAAAAGCAUCAUUUGAAAAUCUCUGUGAAUCAGCAAAAGCAGAGAUUCAUGCUUUUGAGAAGGAAGAACAGGACAUGAUGCAGAUUGAAGAAGAUCUGCAUGGUGCAAAAGCGGAAAGGAAUCGGUUUGAACUUGCAAAGAAUGAGAGGGUAAUUCCAAAUAUCAAAGAGGCGGAAUUAAGAAAAGAAGAUCUUGAAAACAAUCGCAAGGUGAACUACAAAAAGGCUUCUAUCAUUUGUCUGGAAAGUGAGAUCCAGGCUUUAGGAGGGAAUGAUGGAAGCACUCCAGAACAACUAAGUGCACAAUUGACUAGGCUUAAUCAAAGACUGCAGCGUGAGAGCCAAAAUUAUCCAGAAUCUAUUGAUGAUCUUAGAAUGAUGCAUGACAAGAAAGAGCGAAAGAUUUUUAGAAAGCGGCAGACUUACAAAAUGUUUCGUCAGAAACUACAUGCAUGCCAGAAAUCCUUAGAGUUGCGAUAUAGCAAGUUUCAGAGGAAUGCAACACUUUUGAAGCGGCAGUUGACUUGGCAAUUUAACGGACAUUUACGAAAGAAAGGGAUCAGUGGCCAGAUUAAAAUUAGUUAUGAAGAUGAAACCCUCUCGAUAGAGGUUAAGAUGCCUCAAGAUGCAUCAAACAAUACUGUUCGAGACACUAGAGGGCUUUCAGGUGGUGAACGUUCUUUUUCUACGUUAUGCUUUGCUCUGGCACUUCAUGAAAUGACAGAAGCUCCAUUUCGUGCAAUGGAUGAAUUUGAUGUGUUUAUGGAUGCAGUUAGUAGAAAGAUUAGUUUAGACACGCUCGUUGAUUUUGCAUUGGCACAAGGAUCACAAUGGAUUUUUAUCACCCCUCAUGAUAUAAGCAUGGUUAAACAAGAUGAGAGGAUUAAAAAACAGCAAAUGGCGGCUCCUCGUUCGUAAUUCUUCUAAUUUCUGGAGUUUGAAGAAUUGAUGUAAUUAUAUUGUUCUUUAUUAUGCCUGCAUAGAGACAUGAGACAUCCGCUAACUAGUGGAAUUGUUUGGUGGUGAUUAAGAUUUUGCUACCUUAAGUGAAAUUUGUACAUCUGAUGGAUUCUGUUCUUUUUGGAAACUGUGGCACAAAUUGGUUAGCAGUCAGUUUGAUGGUAGGAAGUGAUAGUAUAUGUCUUGUUAUGCGUGACAAGGGAGAAAGUAUUUAUUGUAAACCGCAAGUCGGUCUUCAUCUCUUCUACCGAAAAGGUUUGAUUGGUCACCAUAAAGUUAUUAUUUACUACUA